CUGGUAGUAUAAAAUGGAGUUUCAACCCAUCACUUUCCAUCACACUGCCAAAAAUGGGGAGAAAGGAAAAUUUAUGUUUGGAGAAGUCAGUCUCCCUCCUUGUCCUCAUUGUUAUGCUGCAUAACUCACUCAUUGUUGCUUCUGACUCUGUUGAUGAAGCCAACGCUCUUCUCAAAUGGAAAGGCAGCCUCCCUUACCAAGCCCAGUCCAAGUUAGCUUCAUGGUCUCUCCUUCCUAAAAAUGCCACUUUCUCCCAACCAUGCACUUGGUUUGGAAUUUCUUGCAAAGAUGGAAGUGUCAAUAUAUUCAAUCUUUCAAAUUCAGGUAUUGAAGGCACACUCCAUGAAUUUUCAUUCUCAUCAUUCUCUAAUCUUGCAUACUUUGAUCUAUACAUCAAUGGCCUCAGUGGUUCCAUUCCACCCCAAAUCAGUCAGCUCACAAAGCUCAUAUAUCUUGACUUGUCUAGUAAUCAGUUUUCUGGGAAUAUCCCACCUCAGAUUGGCUUGUUAACUCAUCUUGAGAUCCUGUAUCUAGAUAAAAAUCAGUUGAAUGGCUCCAUUCCCGAAGAGAUAUGCAAUUUAAAGUCCCUUAAUGAGCUCGCUCUGUCUAGCAACCAUCUAGAUGGACCAAUUCCAACUUCUUUGGGAAAGUUAAGCAAUCUAGAAGGCUUGUAUCUCUAUAACAACUCACUAUCUGGUUAUAUUCCUCCACAAAUAGGGAACCUCUCCAAUUUGGUUGAGCUCGAUAUGACUACCAAUCUCCUAACAGGUCAAAUUCCUGCUUCUCUAGGUGGUCUCACAAAUCUCACCAUUCUCCAUCUUUAUCGUAAUGAACUAUCAGGGCCAAUUCCAACUUCUUUGGGAAACUUAAGGAAUCUAAUUGACUUGGAUCUCUUUGAAAAUCAGUUGAAUGGCUCCAUUCCUGAAGAGAUAGGCAAUUUAAAGUCCCUUUAUGAGCUUGCUCUGUAUAGAAACUAUCUAGAUGGGCCAAUUCCAAGUUCUUUGGGAAAUUUAAGCAAUCUCGUUCACUUGUACCUCUAUAAUAACACACUAUCUGGUUAUAUUCCUCCACAAAUAGGGAAACUCUAUAAUUUGGUUGAGCUCGAUAUGAAUACCAAUCUUCUAACAGGUCAAAUUCCGGCUUCUCUAGGUGGUCUCACAAAUCUCACCGUUCUCUAUCUUUUUCUUAAUAAACUAUCUGGGCCUAUUCCUGAGGAGAUAAGAAAUCUAAAAUCACUUUCUGAUAUAGGGUUGGACAGAAAUCAACUUAAUGGUUCUGUUCCAACUUCCCUUGGAAGUUUGAAAGACUUGGAAUUUCUUUAUCUCCGUGACAAUAAACUUUCUGGAUUCAUUCCUCAAGAAAUAGAAAAUCUCACAAAGCUGACUGAACUACUAUUAGAUACUAACCAGUUCACUGGUUACCUACCCGAAAAGAUUUGCCAGAAUGGAAUCCUUCAAAACUUGACUACACAAGACAACAAUUUCACAGGUCCUAUUCCCAAAAGCUUGAAAAACUGCACCAGUUUGGUACGAUUGCGCUUGGGAAGAAAUCUGCUAGUUGGAAAUGUAUCAGAAGACUUUGGAGUCUACCCAAAUCUAACAUUCAUUGAACUGAGUGGCAAUAAGUUGCAUGGUGAGAUCUCAUCCAACUGGGGAAGAUGUCCACAACUAGCCACCCUAAGAAUAUCUGGGAACAAUAUUACUGGGAGAAUACCAUCCGAUAUUGGAAAAUCUAGUCACCUACAUGUCCUUGAUUUCUCUUUCAAUGGUAUGGUUGGCGAGAUUCCAAACGAACUAGGAAGGUUGAAUUCUUUGGUGAAAGUGUAUUUGAAUGGAAAUUUACUCUCUGGUGGCAUACCUCAAGAAUUUGGAUCAUUGACAAACCUUGAGUAUCUGGACCUUUCUGCAAAUAGACUGAGCCAUUCAAUCCCAGACAAUUUCCAAGAGCUCGUAAAGCUGAACUACUUAAAUUUGAGCAACAAUCGGUUUGGCCAGGAAAUUCCAGUUCAGUUACUAAAGUUAGUUCACCUUUCCCAACUAGACCUGAGUCAUAACUUGCUUGUUGGUCAUAUACCGUUUGGCAUAAACUCUUUGGAUAGCUUAGAGAAGCUCAAUCUCUCCCACAACAAUCUCUCAGGCAGCAUUCCAGACAGCUUCAAGAAUAUGCGUGGCUUGUCCUACAUUGACAUAUCCUAUAAUCAAUUGGAAGGACCUAUACCAGAUAGUAGAGCAUUUCGAGAUGCUGGCAUUGAAGCAUUACAGGGAAACAAAGGAUUGUGUGCUGAUGUCCAAGGACUAGAACCAUGCAAACCUUCAUUACAGCACAAAGACAACACGAAGAAGAGUAGAAAAGUCCUGUUCUUAAUCAUAUUCUUCCCUCUUUUAGGAGUACUUUUACUUCUACUUGCUCUCUAUGGAUUUUUCUUCAUCAAAGGAAAAAGAAAGGAAGAUCCCCAAGCUGAAAGAGGUAAUCUGCCUAAUAAUGGUGUCAUUUCCAUAUCAACUUUUGAUGGAAAGAUUAUGUACGAAGAAGUCAUUAGAGCAACUGAGGAUUUUGAUGCCUCAUAUUGCAUCGGAAAUGGUGGAUUUGGAAACGUCUAUAAAGCAGAGUUGCAAUCAGCUGGCAUUGUGGCUGUGAAGAAACUCCAUUCAUCGUGUGACAGCAGGUAUACAUCCCAAAAGGAGUUCUUGAACGAGAUAAAAGUGUUACUCGAGAUAAGGCAUCGAAAUAUUGUGAAGCUUCAUGGGUUCUGCUCGAGUGCUCGAUACUCAUUUCUUGUCUAUGAGUUCCUUGAAAGGGGUAGCUUGGCCUCAAUCCUGAGCAAAGAAGCAGCGGCUAAAGAAUUAGAUUGGAAUAAGAGAGUGGACAUUGUUAACUGUGUUGCCCACGCCCUCUCUUACAUGCAUCACGAUUGCUUUCCUCCAAUUGUCCAUCGAGACAUUUCAAGCGGGAAUAUUUUGCUCGAUUCGAACUAUGUGGCCCAUAUAUCAGACUUUGGCACCGCUAAACUUCUAAAACCUGACUCAUCUAACUGCACCGCGUUUGCUGGAACAUAUGGAUAUGUUGCUCCAGAGCUUGCUUUCACAACGAAGGUAACAGAGAAGUGUGAUGUGUAUAGCUUUGGGGUAAUAGCACUGGAAGUGAUCAAAGGAGAGCAUCCUGGUGACAUCAUCCCCUCUCUAUCCUCCGCUUGGACUGAGGAUAACACGUUAACAGUAGAUGUUUUGGACGAACGCCUUCCACCUCCUUCACGUGAUGUUGCUUGCGAACUGAUAAAUGUGGUGAAAAUAGCAACUCAAUGCUUGAAUGCUAAUUCACAAUCUAGGCCAACAAUGGGUAUGAUUUCCAAGCUAUUUUUGUCCUCAUCAAUAGGUAAAAGAAAGAGACUAUACCAGCCAUGAGCAUUUAUUGUUAUUGGUGUCGCUUGUUAUAAGUUGUUAGGGCUUGUAACGCCCUUCCUGUGUUAUGGUGGCUGGUUGCAUUAGUUCUGCAUUGCAACAAUUAUGUUUGUAUUUAGUUACGUUAUGUUUGUCUUGGUUUAUGUUGUUCUUGUUCUUAACAUUGGCCUAGUUUAUUAUAAUGUGUGUAGUCGUAAGUUGAUCUUCUGGACUGUUCAGAAAGGCUUAACAACCUAAUGUUUCUGUAAUCAUGUUGGAAUGGAGUAGUAAUACAACAGAUUGAAUGGUGG